GCGUCAGAUUAGGACUAGGGUUUCUAAGAAAAACAGACGGCCCAGAGUGAAUUCUCACCUUAUAAAACUGGAGUUUCUUCACAAACCCUAAGUGUUAGUCGAAAACCUCAGCCCCGCUGCUGUAGCUUGUGCGCCGCACCUCAUUUCUGCAACCAUGGGAGCUUACAAGUAUGUGUCGGAGCUAUGGCGGAAGAAGCAAUCUGAUGUGAUGGGGUUCGUCCAGAGGGUUCGCUGCUGGGACUACCGUCAGCAUCCUUCGAUUGUACGAGUCACAAGGCCCACCCGCCCUGACAAGGCUCGCCGUCUCGGCUACAAGGCCAAGCAGGGAUAUGUUAUCUACCGUGUCCGUGUGAGGCGUGGUGGUCGCAAGAGGCCAGUUGCCAAGGGUAUUGUGUAUGGUAAGCCCACCAACCAGGGAGUUACUCAACUAAAGUUCCAACGCAGCAAGAGGUCUGUUGCUGAGGAGCGUGCUGGGCGUAAGUUGGGUGGCCUUAGGGUUCUCAAUUCCUACUGGAUCAAUGAGGAUUCUACCUACAAGUACUUUGAGGUUAUUCUCGUUGAUGUUGCUCACACAGUCAUCAAGAAAGACCCAAGAAUCAACUGGAUCGUCAAUCCUGUUCACAAGCACAGAGAGCUUCGUGGUCUCACAUCUGCUGGGAAGAAAUACAGGGGACUGCGUGGAAAGGGCCACAAUUACCACAAGAAUCGUCCUUCUCGCAGGGCAACCUGGAAGAGAAACAACACCCUCUCCCUUCGUCGCUACCGUUGAUUUUGGUCCUUCUAUCUUAGGUCUUGGUUUAUUUUAUUGGUAUUUUGAGCAAGACAAUAUUUUGUUAUGAGUUGGGAUUUUGCAGUUCGAAACUUUAAUUAUGUAUGCGAAUCACCUGGAUCGUGUUCCAUUUUAAGGAUUUACUAUCAUCUGUUGGAUUUUCUUCGA